GGCAGCUGCCAGCUGUAGGGCCACGCUAUGCUGUUUUCGAAAGCCCACAACUAAUAUUUGCCCUCUCGUGAAUUUUAAGCUUGGCCUCAUCAACCCACGUCAAGAAAGCCACCCCUCGGAGUUCAGCAACUUGCGCCUCGACAAUCGCAGCCAAAAUGUCUACCGCUGAGCAGGCCACUUCGUACGCGGCGCUGAUCCUCGCCGAUGACGGUGUUGAGAUCACUGCCGACAAGAUCCAGACCCUCAUCAAGGCCGCCAACGUUGCCGAUGUUGAGCCUAUCUGGGCCUCAUUAUUCGCCAAGGCUCUUGAGGGCAAGGACGUGAAGGACCUUCUUUCCGCCGUCGGCUCCGGCGGUGGUGCCGCUGCCGCCCCCGCGGCCGGCGCUGCUGCUGCUGCUGGCGGCGCUGCCGCCGAGGAGGUCAAGGAGGAGGCGAAGGAAGAGGAGAAGGAGGAGUCGGACGAGGACAUGGGUUUCGGUCUCUUCGACUAAGCUGGCGUCGACUCGGGCUUGGCGUGGUUUUGACUCCUCAGAUUCCCUUUGUUCUUCCAAAACUUGCAUGGAUUUGCGGCGGCAUUUCGCACACACGACCACAGGGAUGGAGGCUUGGGUGUCGGGGAUCCUGGUUCAUCGGCGUAGCUUUACAGGGAAUUUGAAGAUGCGCUUCUGAGCAACUGCGGUUCGGGCUGGUUGGCGACAGCUGUCCGAGCCCGAAGAGUCGGUGACAACGGCGCUCUCCAGGUUUGGUCCUGGAGUACCGGCCAAUGGCAGGCUGGUUAGGAGCUCUUCCCCAUGGGAUACGCGGCAAACGCAAUGGAGGAUUAUGCCAUCCCAGCAUAGCCGACUGAAGAGACUGUGGUGUGUGUGUGUGAACCGCUCAUGGUGUCUGGCUGCAUAGGUCCGAGAUGAAGGUACCGCUGGUGAAGAGAUGCUGCUUUCGGUCGCUUGUGUGCCGGAACCUCGCUGCGCUCAGAACCAAGCGUGCCUACCGCAUACCGAGUCUGUCCACGCAAGAAAACUACACUCAGAGGAACAUUUGGAGGAUUAUCUAGUGGAAAGAUAGCUCGGCUAAACGCAAAUUGUGGGGUUUUUGGAACUGCGAUUGUAGAUUAUUAACUAAUCCGCACGUUAGUUAACAUUAACCCUGGAUUCUUGGCACGCUAAGGAUGCCGCGCUUCCCUCUCGCUUGCUUCCUUGGCGGGGCUGCAAUGACGAAAUGACUUUUACUCUGGCGGGGUCCAGAGUACUCCGUGAAGCAAGCUGGGGAUAAUCUCUGCAAGAUACCGCGAGUCACUCCUCCAGCAGGACUGUACUAGAGUCUUCAAUGAAUGUAGAUGACUCUACACAAAUGUGCCUCAGCCAAGUAGCGACACGUCAGAACUCGCCGACGUCGCUGCGA